CCUAACAGUGCUCGAAUGUGCAGCGCCACACAGGUGGCGGUGUUGAUGUUACUUCCUGUUGUGUUUCAGAUGCAGGUGGCGGUGUUGUGUUACUUCCUGUUGUCUCUGCUUGGAGGCGAUGCGGCACCAGCGGCAGACGAAGUCACUUACCUGCCCGGUCUGCAGAAACAGCCGAGCUUCAGACAUUACUCUGGAUACCUGAACGUGGCCGAUGGAAAACACCUGCACUACUGGUUUGUGGAGUCCCAGCAGAACCCGGCCUCUGACCCGGUGGUGCUGUGGUUGAACGGCGGUCCUGGCUGCAGCUCUCUGGACGGACUGCUGACUGAACACGGACCCUUCCUGAUCCAGGAUGACGGAGUGACGCUGCAGUAUAACCCAUACUCGUGGAACAAGAUUGCCAACGUGUUGUACCUGGAGUCUCCAGUAGGAGUCGGCUUCUCGUACUCUGACGAUCAGAAAUACGCCACAAACGACACAGAGGUGUCGAUGAACAACUACCUGGCUCUGAAGGAAUUCUUCCGUCUGUUUCCAGAGUUCAACAAGAACGAACUCUUUCUGACCGGAGAGAGCUAUGGAGGAAUCUACAUCCCGACACUCGCCGAAAGAGUUAUGGAGGACGCCAGCCUCAACCUGCAGGGCGUUGCCGUGGGUAACGGGAUGUCGAGUUACGAGCUGAACGAUAACUCUCUGGUGUACUUCGCGUACUACCACGGCCUGCUGGGAAGUCGCCUGUGGAGCGACCUACAGGCGUUCUGCUGCAGUGGCGGGAAGUGCAACUUUUACGACAACCAGGACCAGAACUGCUCAGCUACGCUGGGCCAGGUUCAGGACAUUGUCUACAGUUCAGGACUGAACAUGUACAACCUGUACGCACCCUGUCCAGGUGGAGUCCGCCAAAGGCUCAGUAUUGAACAAGGUGAGCUGGUGAUCAGAGAUCUGGGGAACUCGUUCAUCAACAAUCAGUGGACUCGGGUCUGGAACCAGAAGGUACGAGGUCUGGCAUCCCUCCACCUGUCUGUCCGUCUGGACCCCCCCUGCACUAACUCCACCCCCUCUUCCCUCUACCUGAACAACCUGUACGUCCGAGCUGCCCUGCACAUCAGCCCCAAGGCCCUGGACUGGGUCAUCUGCAGCUCUGAGGUCAAUCUGAAAUACGGUCGACUCUACAUGGACGUCAGGAAACAGUACCUGAAGCUGCUCUCUGCUCUGAAGUACCGGGUCCUGGUGUAUAACGGGGACGUGGACAUGGCCUGUAACUUCAUGGGGGACGAGUGGUUUGUUGAGUCUCUUAACCAGCAGGUGGAGGUUCAGAGGCGUCCGUGGCUCUACGAUGAUGAAGACGGUCGGCAGGUCGGCGGCUUCGUAAAAGAGUUCGACAACAUCGCCUUCCUUACUGUCAAG